AUGAGUCUCCGCGACUUGGUCGAAGGCGAGGCCAUGCUGGAUGAUGAGGAGAACGAAGACUUUGAGGGCGAUGGAGAUGAUGACAACAGACAUCCAAGGGGCGAUUUUGACGACUCCAGUGAAGAGGACGAAGACGAAGACGACGAUGAAGACGCUGCUCGCGCCGUUCGCGAAGGCUUCAUUGUCGAUGAGGAUGAAGAAAUUGAAGAGCGCUCCAAGCGCCGCCGCGAGAAGAAACGCUCCCGUCCUCGCGAGGAAGAACACCUCGAUGAGGAGGAUUUGGAAUUGAUCGGAGAACAUGUCCCUGGACUUAGCCGGGGAUCUGCAUCAGAGUCUAAAUUCAAGCGUCUAAAGCGAGGCAAAGAUCGUGAUUCUCGACAACAAGCUCAAGGAAUUGACGACAUCUUCAAUUCCGAUGAGGAGGAGGAAGCCGCUCCUCAAUACACCCGGGCUGGUCGCCACGGUGGCCAGGAUGAAUUUGACGACUUUAUCGAAGAAGAUACCUUUUCCGACGAGGAGGGACAACGUGAACGAGAUGAUCUGGAAGUGGCACCCCCCAUUCGGGCAUCCAUGCCUGGUCUCGGAGCAACUGAGGCGGCUGGUCUGGAUGAGAAUGCACUUGAGGAUAUGCGUCUUGCGUUCGGUGACGGCACCGAGUACAGAUUCGCUCUCGAUAUCGAGGAACAAGAAGAUGAAGAGAAGGAGGUCGAGGAGAGGCGCCUGGACCUCAAGGACGUUUUCGAACCAUCCGAGCUAGCGGAGCGAAUGUUGACCGAGGAAGACAACGAGAUUCGUUUUCUCGACGAGCCUGAACGUCAUCAAGUAUCCCGCAAACCAUACAAGCACGUCGUCCUCACCGACGAUCAAUUCCGCGAGGAGGCCAUCUGGAUCUCCAAUCUUAUGCUACUCAAGAAGCGUAUUGAACCGGAUCUACGGGAGCCAUUCCAGCGUUCCGUGGCUAAGAUGCUGGAGUUCCUCAUCACAGAUGAUUGGGAAGUUCCAUUCAUUUUCCAACAUCGCAAGGAUUACAUGAUUCACGCCGUGAAAGAGGUGCCAGAGGGUGCUGAUCCAUCCGACGAGUCGGCGCAAUACAAGAUUCGCGCUGAGAAGCUGUUGAAUAUGACUGAUCUCUGGGACAUCUUCGAUUACGAUCUGAAGUUCCGUGCCCUGAUUGACAAGCGCAACACUAUUAAGAAGGCCUACGACAGCAUUCGAAGCCUCUUCAACGUCGAAGAUGACAAUGUGGAUGACCUCCUGAACGCUGCCGCUACAAUGGAGGAACUUCAGGAUGUGCAGGAUUACAUUCACUUCCAAUAUGCUUCACAACUACGCGAUACAGCUACCGUAAAUGGCGAGGCGAAUGGAGAUCACCAGCGACGGAAGGCGAGCAACAAGUCCUUCUUUGAGCGAGUACGAAAUGGAAAGGCUUACAACUUGGUCCGAGCUUUUGGUAUCACAGCUGAUGCCUUUGCCCAAAAUGUCUCCAAGGAGGGCCGUCGACAGUACACUGAAGACCCCAGCGAGUCCCCCGAAGAGAUGGCAGAUCAAUUUGUUGACACUGGCUUUUCUAACUCAUCACAAGUCCUCAAGGCGGCCAAGUCCAUGUUUGCUGAAGAGCUUGUGUUGAGCCCUAAGAUGCGCAAGGUUAUUCGCCAAGCAUACUACAUGAAUGGUGUUGUCGAUUGCUUCCGCACUGAGAAGGGUCUGCGCCGAAUUGAUGAGCAGCACCCAUACUAUGAGUUCAAGUACCUGCGAAACCAGCAGCUUAGUGACAUUGCCCGUCGCCCGGAGAUGUUCUUGCGAAUGCUCAAGGCUGAGGAGGAAGGUCUGGUUGAUGUUCGAGUUCGCUUCCAGAACUUUGAUCAUUUCCGCAAGCGUCUCUACUCCGACAUUGAAUCAGACAACUACUCCGAGGUCGCAGAUGCAUGGAACCGCCUCCGUCGUGAGGUCUUGGAUCUGGCCCUCGGCAAGUUGGAGCGUGUCAUCAACCGCAGUGUCAAGGAGAAUAUCCGACAGGAGUGCGAGAACCAUGUGGCUAAAGAGUGCCGCGAGGCGUUCUCCCAGCGUCUGGACCAGGCCCCUUACAAGCCCAAGGGAAUGGUCCUUGGUACAGUCCCUCGAGUCAUCACUCUUUCUACUGGAAAUGGCAUUGUUGGCCGGGAUCCUAUCCAUUGGGCUUACAUUGAAGAAGAUGGUCGUGUGCUGGAGAAUGGCAAGUUCCAGGAUUUGUCUGUCGGAGAUUCGGGCCGGGGCGUUGACGAUGGUGCACAUGUUGCGGCAUUCUUGAACUUGAUCGACCGACGCAAACCAGAUGUCAUUGGAGUGUCUGGUAUGACACCCGAAACGCGACGCCUUUACAAGGUCUUGACGGAGUUGAUUGAAUUGAAAGAUCUGCGAACCCAGACAUACCAAGACGAUCAUGAUGAGGAUAUCAGCGACCGCCUGGAGGUCGUGAUUGUCAACGACGAGGUUGCUCGACUCUACCACAACUCUCCCCGUGCCCGUCAGGAUAACCCAGGAUUCGGUCCUCUUACACACUACUGUGUGGCUCUGGGUCGAUACCUGCAGAGUCCUCUGAAGGAAUACGCUUCCUUGGGACGAGAUGUUGUUUCUAUUCAAUUCAAGCCGGGCCAGCAGUUAGUGUCACAGGAGCUCUUGCUAAAACAGCUGGAGACCGCCCUCGUUGAUAUGGUCAAUCUUGUUGGUGUGGAUCUUAAUGAUGCUGUUCACGACACAUUCACAGCCAACCUUCUGCCAUACGUUUGUGGACUGGGUCCUCGUAAGGCCGCUCAUCUCAUCAAGGUUGUCAACUUGAACGGUGGCAAUGUAGACAACCGUGUCGAGCUCUUGGGUGUCAAUUCUCAAUACCCUGCCAUGGGUGUCAAGGUGUGGAACAACUGUGCCAGCUUUGUGUACAUUGACUACGAGAACGCCGAUGCGGAUGCCGACCCUCUGGACAAUACCCGUGUGCACCCUGAAGAUUACGAUAUUGCUCGUAAGAUGGCGGCAGACGCUCUUGAGCUGGACGAGGAAGAUAUCAAAGCUGAGACUGAUGAGAACGGCUCGGGCGCUAUUGUGCGCAAGCUCUUCCGUGACGAGCAGCAAGAUCGUGUCAACGAUUUGAUCCUCGAGGAGUACGCCGAGCAGUUGGAGAAGAACCUUAACCAGCGCAAGCGUGCUACUCUGGAAACGAUCCGUGCUGAGUUGCAGCAGCCGUACGAGGAGCUGCGUAAGCAGUUUGUCUUCCUCGGUACCGAGGACAUCUUCACCAUGCUCACAGGUGAGACGCCAGACUCCCUGAAGCCUGGUAUGGUGGUGCCCAUUGCCAUCAAGCGGGUGUUCGACGAUCACAUUGAUGCGAAGCUGGACUGUGGAGUCGAUGCGCUGGUCGCAGAGACCGAACUAGGUGUGCCUUACGAAGUUUCUGUGCGCAAUGUUUACUCACAGCAUCAGACCGUGCCUGCUAAGAUUCUAUUCCUGAACAAGAAGAGUUUUACUUGCAAUGUGUCUUUACGUGAGGACCAGAUCAGUCACCCAAUUCGACGAAAUGCGGACCAUGACUUUGAUGAUUGGGAUGAGAUUCAAGAGCGCAAGGAUCGAGAAUCACAGCAGGAGACGACCCAGCAGGGCGGCCAGGCGAUGCGUGUUAUCAAGCACCCGCUUUUCCGACCUUUCAACUCUACUCAAGCCGAAGAGUACCUGGGCUCCCGAAGCCGUGGCGAUGUGGUCAUCCGUCCGUCGUCUCGCGGUCCUGAUCACUUGGCAGUUACCUGGAAGGUGGCUCAUGGUGUCUAUCAGCAUAUUGAUGUUCUCGAACUGGACAAGGAGAAUGAAUUCUCGGUUGGUCGUGUGCUCAAGGUUGCAGGCAAAUACACCUACAGCGAUCUGGACGAUUUGAUUGUCAACCAUGUCAAGGCCAUGGCCAAGAAGGUUGAUGAGAUGAUGUUGAAUGAGAAGUAUCAAGAUGGCAGCAAGGCUGAGACUGACCAAUGGCUUGAGACCUACACCAAAGCCAACCCUCGUCGCUCUGCUUAUGCCUUCUGUGUCAACACAAAGUAUCCUGGUUAUUUCUUCCUGUGUUUCAAGGCAGGUGAACACUCUCGACUUCAAAAUUGGCCAGUGAAGGUGAUCCCUCAAGGCUUUGAGCUCCAGAAGAAUCCUUAUCCGGAUAUGCAAGCCCUGUGCAAUGGCUUCAAGUUGAUGUUCAGCAACAUGCAACCCGGCCGCCGCUAA